UAGUGCGGCCCACACUAGCUAGCUGAACUUGAAAGAAGAAGACAUUUCUACAUACUGGUUAGCUUGAUGUCUGGGCUAAAUCGAUGUAGCCAUUUGUGUUGUUCCUUUAGAUCUAGCUUAUUGUGGUUGUAUUUGAUUUGCAUGCUGUAGUUUUUUGUCUAAGUCCGUCCGUCAAGAGCGGCGUUGUUGUUGCUGAUGUUGUUAGCCAGAAUACAGUUAGCUGGCUAAAUAGCUAGCUAGCCUCUGCGUUCAUUUCGCUGGCCUACAUUUUCCUAUCAAGAUGCCGCUGGGUUUGAAACCAUGUUGCGCUGUCUGCAAAACAAACUCAUCGUCUAUGUGGAAAAAGGGAAACCAAGGAGAGAUCCUGUGCAAUAACUGUACGGGGAAGAGCACCAGCAGUGGAGCAUCUGGACCGUCUGCGUCCUCCAACACACAGCAGAAUAAUGUCGGGGGCAAGCAGUCUAAACAAGAGAUCCACAGGAGAUCAGCACGGUUGAGGAGCACCAAGUACAAAAACCCUGCUACCGAAAAAAAGGUCUCUACCAAAGGAAAAGGAAGAAGACACAUCUUCAAACUAAAAAAUCCAAUCAAAGCACCAGAAUCUGUUUCCACUAUCAUCACAUCAGAAUCAGUCUUUUAUAAGGGUGUGUAUUAUCAGAUAGGAGAUGUCAUCAAAGUUACAGAUGAGGAUGAUGGGAGGCCAUACUAUGCACAGAUCAGAGGUUUUGUCCAGGACCAAUACUGUGAGAAAAGUGCAGCCUUGACUUGGUUGAUACCAACCCAGGCCAGUCCUAAGGACCUGUUUGAUCCUGCCACUUACAUUGUUGGUCCAGAGGAGGAUUUUCCCAGGAAGAUGGAGUACCUGGAGUUUGUGUGCCACGCCCCCUCGGAGUACUUCAAGUCCAGGAGCUGUCCUUUCCCCACCAUUCCUAUCCGUCCAGAGAAAGGCUACAUCUGGACCCAUAUUGGACCCACGCCAGCCAUCGCUAUCAAAGAAUCUUUUGGCAACAGCAAUUAGCUGCUGGGGCAUUUACCAUAAAGAUAUUAACUUUGUCUGUUAGCUUGCUAACGGACGUAUGUACAUUUUUGUAAUAUAAUGGAGACAAGUUUUAGACUGUAUAAGACACAUUAUUAGUCUUUGAAUAUGGAAACUGGUUUGUAAACAUCCACAAUCUAAAUGUAACAUCUUGAACAGUAUGAUAACUACCCAUGAAAUGAUCAUCCAGAGGUGACACCAUCAAACAUGGGAUUGACUUUUAUAUUCAGUAAUGUGGAAAAUAUGUUUUCAAAAGCUUUGUUUACUAGAAUGCUUUUAAAACAAUCAACUUAAUUUUCUUUAGACAUCUGUGUCAUUCAUGUGAAGUGUUUAACGAAUAUUAGAUCGAGACCAACUAACAUUUUUAAAUAAAGAACAUUUAUUUAGAAAUAAGC